GAAACUGCAGCCAGCACCCAUGUCGGACGACGAGGCGCGAAACAAACCGACCGACGACGCUCCUGAUGCAGUGGACGACGCUAGCCCGUCGAGCGACUGGAAGGUGGGCGAUACUGUGCUUGCAAAAGGCGAGGGCAUGUCGCGGUACGAACGCGCUGAGAUUCGCCGCGUUCACCGUGACGGCACGGCGACGGUCGAGUACAUCACGAGUGGCAAGACAGAAAAGCGCGUGGUCAAGCUCAAGCCCACAGAGCGCGACGAGAGAGACGAUGCGAGCCCCCCCCGAGCCCCCCCGAGUGCAUAUACGGUCGGCCAGAACGUCCAAGUGCGCAAUCUCGACAACCCCAGCGUCUAUGACGACGCGACGAUCACGCGACUGCAUGCCUCGGGCGCCCACGUCGCUGUUCAAUAUACCAGCGACGGGCGGAGAGAAAAACAGGUUGACAUGGCGCGUCUGCGUCCGCACGCUUCGCUUUGGCACCGGGUUCUUUGUGGUGCGUUCUCGCGUGCGCCGUCUUGGACCAAGAUGCAACCGGUGCUCUUUCGAACCGUCCACGGAGCUCGCGUGUCGGGGCGCAUUUUGCGUGUGCGCGACACGGACUGCGACAUCCAGCACGACAGCGACAACGAGCAUCUUUCCGAGCACGUGCCCCACGCCGCCAUCUCGGCCAAGCGGUGGUGGCACACGGUGCGUCAGCCGUCGACGCGCUUUGCGAUUCAAACCAAAGUCCGCUACACGGAUGCGAAAGGGCGACUUCACAUCGGCGUUGUCUGCAAGCGACGCACCAACAACACGUACGACAUCCAACACGACAGCGACACGGAGACGACCGCCACCCGCAUUGACGCUGCCGAGAUGCAGCGCGUCUCGACGGCCUCGCUGUGGCUUGCCACCUUGCAGCAGUGGUGCAGCGGCGCGAUCGCAGUCGGCGCCCACGUUGAAGUGCGUCUCGGCAAGGUCGCACGGGAUAGCGACAACGACGAUGAGUGGACGCCUGGCAUCGUUCGAAAAGUGCGCGCGGACGGCAAGUACAUGAUUGCAUACACGGACAAAGACGAGACGUCUCAAGUCGUUAAAGUGGCCGCAACCAAUGUCCGUCGACCGCAACGCAACUGGACGACACUGCUUGCGAUGCGCACGGCAACAUCGUUUGAAGAAGGCAUGCGCGUCGAAGUGACGAGCGUCAACGAUGACAAGGCGCGUGUUCGACCGGGCGAAAUAUUGCGCAAGCACCACGAUGGUACCGUGAGUGUACGGUUCGACGACGGCAAGAUUGAAAAGCACGUGCUCAGUAGCCGGCUUCGCUUCCUUGCAUCGGCGCUGACGAUUGGCACACGCGUGGAUGUCGCGCUCGAGACAGAUCACGCGGGUCUCUCGAACGUCGUCGCCACCGAAGGCGUCAUUGUAUGGGUGUACCGAGACCACUCGGGCGUUGUCUUGGAGAUUACCGACGAUCUUGGGGACGUGUCGAUAUCACCCGACGUGAGCGUAUCUGCGCUACGGCUCCACGGCCAGCGUCUUUCGACCCUUACCCUAUCCGGGCACUCGGCGUCGCGGCUGGCAACCCUUUUCCUCAACACGGGCUUGGAAGCAAUGAUCUACAUCUGGUUCCUCUUUGGACUCGGUGCUGAGAUGACAGAGGCCAUCGAUGUGCUUGGUGCGAUCAACGCACCGCAGUGGAAUGUCACGGCCGUCUACGCCACGCAGCGGCCUCUCGUACCUAACAUGACCCUCUGCUUGGCAGCACAUGGGUCGUUGGACGUCGCCUCGUCGAGCUGGCAGCUGCAGCAAAAUUGGCUUAUCGCACUUGUCGUUCUCAAGGGCGCUCUCUUCGCCGUCACGCUUGCACUCAUGGGCUCUGUGCUCGGCACGCACUGCCAACUCGUGUGCCAUCGGCUUGUGGACCUUCGUACGUUUGCGAGUCAAGGCCGGUGGCAAGGCCGCCUUCAUAUCGUGAUGCUGACCGCGCUCCUCGGUUCCAGUUUUACGCUGCUGUGCUAUGGGUCGCUGCACAACCACUUGGUGGCCAAGUGCUUGGCCCCGCCCGUCACAAUGGAUGCGGUCAAGACGGCGUUUCAGAUUGCACCGUUUACGGUCCGCCCCGUAUACACGACCAUUGUGGACCUGGUUCCGACGGUUGCGGCCACGGUCGUCUUUAAUUUGUACCGCGGCGUGUGGCUCCUGCUCGUGCUGGCCGUGGCACCCGACCUGCUCUCUCGACUCCUCCUCGCGAUUCCGAUGAUUGCCGCAACUGCCUUUAUGCUAGCAUUGGGCCUCGCAGCGUGGACAGUCUUUCUACAGACGCAAGCCGCAACCAUGCAAACGUCAUUGGAAAUGGACUUGACAACCAACCAAGACAUGGCGGUAUCGCUCGUCGUGGCGGCGGCGUGGUUUAGCUACGUUGUGGCGCUGCUGGUUGUACGGGCCGGCGCGCACUACCGGCUCGCAACCGUGCAUCAGCGUCAAGGUACCAUCAUGGAGCCCUAUGUGAGGAAGGCGGAGCGAGGGACCUUUGGCGUUCGCGCCCAGGACGAAGCCAAGUGGGACCGCCUCGACCAGCUCCAGCUGCAAAUCGGGCUCGUUGCUUCCAUCUGCAUCGAGUUUGUGUCGGGUCCCAGCAUUGUCGUGCAUCUUGGCCUCGUUCUGUGGUUGAUCGUGGGCGGCGGCCUCGCGCAGGCCACCGGGCUUGUCGAGGGCCACCCGAUCCUGGUGCUUGUCCUUCUCGCGUGCCUCUGGCUUGUGCUUUUGAUCGGCGCGCUUCUCCUUGUGUGCUGUGUCAAGCGCACGGUGUGGUCGGGGCUACGGAAGGCCCGUCGACACGAACGGGUGGUCCCGCACGCCCAGCAGUACCAGCCCCGCGUCGUGCUACCAUAGUAGACCGCUAUCUUUUAGCACUGGAUCUUGUAUGGCAUCGACGCGUCUCUCUAGCGUCCAUAACCAACAUAUUUGAACAGAGCCAUG